AUGAUGAUGAUGAUGAUGAUGAUGAUGAUGAUGAUGAUGAUGAUGAUGAUUGAUGAUGAUGAUGAUGAUGAUGAUGAUGAUGAUGAUGAUGAUGAUGAUGAUGAUGAUGAUGAUGAUGAUGAUGAUGAUGAUGAUGAUGAUGAUGAUGAUGAUGAUGAUGAUGAUGAUGAUGAUGAUGAUGAUGAUGAUGAUGAUGAUUGA